AUUGCCUGUUCAAGCUGUGUCCCAUGAACCGCUACUCGGCGCAGAAGCAGUUCUGGAAGGCAGCAAAGCCAGGAGCCAACAGCACCACGGAUGCUGUGCUGCUCAACAAACUGCACCAUGCGGCGGAUUUGGAAAAGAAACAGAAUGAAACUGAAAACAGAAAACUGCUGGGAACGGUCAUCCAGUAUGGGAAUGUGAUCCAGCUGCUUCACUUAAAAAGUAACAAAUACUUAACAGUAAAUAAGAGGCUUCCAGCGCUGCUGGAGAAGAAUGCAAUGAGGGUGACCUUGGAUGAAGCUGGAAAUGAAGGCUCCUGGUUCUACAUCCAACCCUUCUACAAACUGCGCUCCAUCGGUGACAGYGUUGUCAUUGGAGACAAAGUGGUCCUGAAUCCUGUCAAUGCUGGCCAGCCUCUCCAUGCCAGUAGCCAUCAGCUCGUGGAUAACCCGGGAUGCAAUGAGGUCAACUCAGUGAACUGCAACACCAGCUGGAAAAUCGUCCUGUUCAUGAAAUGGAGCGACAACAAGGAUGACAUCCUCAAAGGGGGGGAUGUGGUGAGGCUGUUCCACGCCGAGCAGGAGAAGUUCCUGACGUGUGAUGAGCACAGGAAGAAGCAGCACGUGUUCCUCAGGACCACGGGCCGGCAGUCGGCCACAUCUGCCACCAGCUCCAAAGCCCUGUGGGAGGUGGAGGUGGUGCAGCACGAUCCCUGUCGAGGAGGAGCUGGCUACUGGAACAGCCUCUUCAGGUUCAAGCACUUGGCCACGGGGCACUACCUGGCAGCAGAGGUAAACCCUGACUAUGAGGAAGAUGACCUGGAGUGUCAAUCCUCACUGGACCCCGAGCAGGAGGCAGCACGGCGCGGCCGGGGCUCUCCAGAGAAGAUGGCAUACUCGCUGGUGUCCGUGCCCGAGGGCAACGACAUCUCCUCCAUCUUCGAGCUGGACCCCACCACCCUGCGAGGGGGAGACAGCCUCGUGCCCAGGAACUCCUACGUGAGGCUCAGGCACCUGUGCACCAACACUUGGGUUCACAGCACCAACAUCCCCAUUGAUAAAGAAGAGGAGAAACCYGUGAUGCUCAAAAUUGGCACCUCUCCAGUGAAGGAGGACAAAGAAGCUUUUGCCAUAGUGCCAGUSUCACCUGCAGAGGUGCGGGACCUGGACUUUGCCAACGAUGCCAGUAAAGUUUUGGGUUCCAUUGCUGGCAAGUUGGAAAAGGGAACAAUAACCCAGAAUGAAAGAAGAUCUGUCACCAAACUGUUGGAGGAUUUGGUCUACUUUGUUACUGGUGGAACUAAUUCUGGGCAGGAUGUCCUGGAAGUGGUGUUUUCUAAACCUAACAGAGARCGGCAGAAGCUGAUGAGAGAACAGAACAUUCUAAAGCAGAUUUUCAAGCUGCUGCAAGCCCCHUUCACAGACAGCGGGGACGGGCCGAUGCUGCGGCUGGAGGAGCUGGGGGACCAACGCCAUGCACCCUUCAGGCACAUCUGCAGGCUCUGCUACAGGGUGCUCAGGCACUCCCAGCAGGACUACAGGAAAAAUCAGGAAUACAUCGCCAAGCAGUUUGGCUUCAUGCAGAAGCAGAUUGGCUACGACGUUUUGGCCGAGGACACCAUCACAGCCCUGCUCCACAACAACCGCAAGCUCCUGGAGAAGCACAUCACAGCUGCUGAGAUUGACACCUUCGUGAGUCUCGUGAGGAAAAAUAGGGAGCCCAGGUUUUUGGAUUACCUCUCGGAUCUGUGCGUUUCCAUGAACAAGUCUAUUCCCGUGACGCAGGAGCUGAUUUGCAAAGCCGUGCUCAACCCAGCCAAUGCAGACAUUCUCAUUGAAACCAAGCUGGUCCUCUCCCGGUUCGAAUUUGAAGAGGUGUCAAGUGGAGAGAACGCCCUGGACGUGGGAGAAGAUGAGGAGGAAGUGUGGCUGUUCUGGAGGGACAGCAACAAGGAGAUCCGCAGCAAGAGCAUCCGUGAGCUGGCACAGGACGCCAAGGAGGGGCAGAAGGAGGAUCGGGACGUGCUCAGCUACUACAGCUAUGAUAGCAGUGGAACUUCCAAAGAUGAAAUUAAGGAGAGAUUUGCACAAACAAUGGAAUUUGUAGAGGAAUAUUUAAGAGAUGUGGUGUGUCAGAGGUUCCCUUUCUCUGAUAAAGAGAAAAAUAAGCUCACUUUUGAGGUUGUUAACUUAGCCAGAAAUCUGAUAUAUUUUGGUUUCUACAACUUCUGUGACCUCCUCAGACUAACCAAAAUCCUCCUUGCUAUAUUAGACUGUGUGCACAUCACUACCAUCUUCCCUAUUACCAAGAUGGCAAAAGGCGAGGAAAGUAAAGGGAGCAAUGUGAUGAGGUCAAUCCACGGCGUGGGGGAGCUGAUGACCCAGGUGGUGCUCAGGGGUGGGGGGUUCCUSCCCAUGACUCCCCUGGCAGCUGCCCCCGAGGGGAAUGUCAAGCAGAGCGAGCCCGAGAAGGAGGACAUCCUGGUGAUGGACACCAAGCUGAAGAUCAUYGAGAUCCUCCAGUUUAUCUUGAAUGUGAGGUUGGACUACAGGAUCUCCUGCCUGCUUUGUAUCUUCAAACAUGAAUUUGAUGAAAGCAAUGCCCAAAUGUCYGAAUCCCCCACGGGAAGCAGUAGCCAAGAAAUGCCAGCUAAYGUGCCAGGAGCCCUAGACUUUGAACAUAUUGAGGAGCAAGCGGAGGGGAUCUUUGGUGGAAGGAAAGAGAACACCCCUCUGGAUCUGGAUGAUCACGGGGGCAGGACGUUCCUGCGAGUCCUGCUGCAUUUAACCAUGCACGAUUACCCUCCCCUGGUGUCUGGGGCACUGCAGCUGCUCUUCAGGCAUUUCAGCCAGAGACAAGAAGUCCUUCAGGCAUUCAAGCAGGUUCAACUGCUCGUUACCAGCCAAGAUGUUGACAACUACAAGCAGAUCAAACAAGAUUUGGACCAGCUGAGGUCAAUAGUGGAGAAAUCUGAGCUCUGGGUGUACAAAGGCCARGGUCCUGAUGAGCCCAUGGACAGUGUGCCAGGUGAAAACGAGCACAAGAAGAAAGAGGAAGGUCACAGCAAGUCUCAAAAGCCUGAAAGUACUAGCAGCUACAACUACCGGGUAGUAAAAGAGAUCCUGCUGCGGCUCAGCAAGCUCUGCGUGCAGGAAGGGGCCUCGGUGAGGAAGAGCAGGAAGCAGCAGCAGCGACUCCUGCGGAACAUGGGGGCUCACGCCGUGGUGCUGGAGCUGCUGCAGAUCCCCUACGAGAAGGCUGAAGACACCCGGAUGCAGGAGAUAAUGAAGCUUGCACACGAAUUUCUGCAGAAUUUCUGCGCUGGGAACCAACAGAACCAGGCCUUGCUGCACAAGCACAUAAACCUGUUCCUUAACCCAGGGAUCCUGGAAGCAGUGACGAUGCAGCACAUUUUCAUGAACAACUUCCAGCUCUGCAGCGAGAUCAACGAGCGCGUGGUUCAGCACUUCGUCCACUGCAUCGAGACGCACGGCAGGAACGUUCAGUACAUCAAGUUCCUGCAGACCAUCGUCAAGGCAGAGGGGAAAUUCAUUAAGAAAUGCCAAGAUAUGGUAAUGGCUGAGCUGGUGAAUGCAGGCGAGGACGUGCUGGUGUUCUACAACGACCGAGCCUCCUUCCAGACUCUGGUGCAGAUGAUGCGCUCGGAGCGGGACCGCAUGGACGAGAACAGCCCCCUGAUGUACCACAUCCACCUGGUGGAGCUGCUGGCUGUGUGCACCGAGGGCAAAAACGUCUACACCGAGAUCAAGUGCAACUCCCUCCUCCCUCUGGAUGACAUCGUCAGGGUGGUGACCCACGAGGACUGCAUACCUGAGGUCAAAAUAGCAUACAUCAACUUCUUGAAUCACUGCUAUGUGGACACAGAAGUAGAAAUGAAAGAGAUUUACACCAGUAAUCACAUGUGGAAGCUGUUUGAGAACUUCCUGGUUGACAUCUGUCGGGCCUGCAACAACACCAGUGACAGAAAACACGCCGACUCCAUCCUGGAGAAAUACGUGACYGAGAUCGUCAUGAGCAUCGUCACCACCUUCUUCAGCUCKCCCUUCUCGGACCAGAGCACCACCCUGCAGACUCGGCAGCCCGUGUUCGUGCAGCUGCUGCAGGGUGUGUUCCGUGUGUACCACUGCACGUGGCUGCUGCCCAGCCAGAAAGCCUCGGUGGAGAGCUGCAUCCGGGUGCUGUCCGACGUGGCAAAAAGCCGAGCGAUCGCGAUCCCCGUGGAUUUGGACAGCCAGGUGAACAACCUGUUCCUGAAAUCCCACAACAUCGUGCAGAAAACAGCCAUGAACUGGCGGAUGACAGCCAGGAAUGCUGCCCGCAGGGACUCGGUGCUGGCUGCCUCCAGGGACUACAGGAACAUCAUCGAGAGGCUGCAGGACAUCGUGUCAGCCUUGGAGGAUCGGCUGCGCCCUCUGGUCCAGGCAGAGCUGUCGGUGCUGGUGGAUGUGCUCCACAGGCCUGAGCUGCUCUUCCCAGAGAACACAGAUGCCAGGAGGAAGUGUGAGAGUGGAGGUUUCAUUUGCAAGUUAAUUAAGCACACAAAGCAGCUGCUGGAGGAGAAUGAGGAGAAACUGUGCAUUAAGGUAUUACAGACGCUCAGGGAAAUGAUGACCAAAGAUAGAGGCUAUGGAGAAAAGAUUACCAUUGAAUUGGAUAAUGCUGAGCUGCCGCAAGCUCCAGAAACGGAGAGCCCUGUAGAGCAGGAGCUUGAUCAAAGUCUACCACAGAGGCAGCUGGAGGAUCAUAGAAGGGGCGAGGCCCUGAGGCAGGUGUUGGUGAACCGCUACUACGGCACCGUGCGAGCGGCCGGCCGGCGCGAGAGCCUGACCACCUUCGGCAACGGACCCCUGUCCACCAGCAGCUCUGGCAAGGCCGGCCCAGGAGGAGGAGGCUCGGGGUCGAGCUCCAUGAGCCGAGGGGAGAUGAGCCUGGCAGAUGUGCAGUGCCACCUGGAUAAAGAAGGUGCUUCCAACCUGGUGAUCGAYCUCAUCAUGAAUGCCACCAGUGACAGAGUGUUCCACGAGAGCAUCCUGCUGGCCAUUGCCCUGCUGGAAGGUGGCAACACCACGAUCCAGCAUUCCUUUUUCUGCCGACUGACGGAAGAUAAGAAAUCCGAGAAGUUCUUUAAGGUGUUUUAUGAUCGCAUGAAAGUGGCRCAGCAAGAAAUCAAGGCGACUGUCACAGUCAACACCAGUGACUUGGGGAACAAAAAGAAAGAUGARGACUCAGACAGAGAUGUCCCCAACAGGAAAAGAGGGAGGGAGCCCAUGACCCAGAUCACCGAGGAGGUGCGGGAUCAGCUGCUGGAGGCAUCGGCGGCCACGCGUAAAGCGUACAACACCUACCGACGAGAGGCCGACCCCGAGGAGCACUACACAGCCGCCGAGGGGGCCCAGACUGCGGCUGAUAAGAGCAAAGAUGAGCUGGAGAUGAGCGCUGUCAUCUCCAUCAUGCAGCCCAUCCUGCGCUUCCUGCAGCUGCUGUGCGAGAACCACAACCGUGACCUGCAGAAUUUCCUACGCUGCCAGAACAACAAGACAAACUACAACCUGGUGUGUGAGACGCUGCAGUUCCUGGACUGCAUCUGUGGGAGCACAACCGGGGGCCUUGGGCUGCUGGGGCUGUACAUAAACGAGAAAAACGUGGCCCUGAUCAACCAGACSCUGGAAAGUCUGACUGAGUACUGUCAGGGGCCCUGCCACGAGAACCAGAACUGCAUUGCUACUCACGAGUCCAACGGCAUUGACAUCAUCACRGCGUUAAUUCUCAAUGACAUCAACCCUCUGGGAAAGAAGAGGAUGGACCUCGUGCUGGAGCUGAAGAACAACGCUUCCAAGCUGCUCUUGGCCAUCAUGGAGAGCAGGCACGACAGCGAGAACGCCGAGAGGAUCCUCUACAACAUGAGGCCCAAGGAGCUGGUGGAAGUCAUCAAGAAGGCUUAUCUGCAGGGAGAGGUGGAGUUUGAGGAUGGGGAGAACGGGGAAGAUGUGGCAGCAUCUCCGAGGAACGUGGGACACAACAUUUACAUCUUGGCUCAUCAGUUGGCUCGUCACAACAAAGAGCUGCAGAACAUGCUGAAGCCGGGGGGUCAGAUCGAGGGGGACGAGGCGCUGGAGUUCUACGCCAAACACACGGCCCAGAUCGAGAUUGUCAGGUCGGACCGCACCAUGGAGCAGAUCGUGUUCCCCGUGCCCAGCAUCUGCGAGUUCCUCACCAARGAGUCCAAGCUGCGCAUCUACUACACCACCGAGAGGGACGAGCAGGGCAGCAAGAUCAACGACUUCUUCCUCAAGUCAGAGGAUCUYUUCAACGAGAUGAACUGGCAGAAGAAGCUGCGAGCUCAGCCUUUCCUGUACUGGUGUGCUCGGAACAUGUCCUUCUGGAGCAGCAUUUCCUUUAACCUGGCYGUGCUCAUGAACCUGCUCGUGGCAUUUUUCUACCCAUUCAAAGGAAUUCGAGGAGGCACUCUGGAGCCCCAUCUGUCAGGUCUGCUAUGGACAGCCAUGCUGAUCUCUCUGGCCAUCGUCAUCGCGCUGCCCAAACCGCACGGCAUCCGCGCGCUCAUCGCCUCCACCAUCCUGCGCCUCAUCUUCUCCGUGGGGCUGCAGCCCACCCUCUUCCUGCUGGGAGCAUUCAAUGUUUGUAAUAAAAUCAUUUUCCUGAUGAGCUUCGUGGGAAACUGCGGAACCUUCACGCGAGGAUACAARGCCAUGAUCAUGGACGUGGAGUUCCUCUAUCACCUGCUGUACCUGCUGAUCUGUGCCCUGGGGCUCUUUGUGCACGAGUUCUUCUACAGUCUCUUGCUCUUUGACCUGGUGUACCGUGAGGAGACGCUGCUGAAUGUCAUCAAAAGCGUCACACGCAACGGGCGCUCCAUCAUCCUCACCGCCGUGCUCGCCCUCAUCCUCGUCUACCUGUUCUCCAUCGUGGGCUACCUCUUCUUCAAGGAUGAUUUCAUCCUGGAGGUGGACAAGCUGCCCAACGAGACGCUGCUGCCAGAUCGCACAGAGCCGGGUGAGACCAUGACUAGCGAGUUCCUCUACUCAGAYGUGUGCAAGACAGGGAGUGGUGAAAACUGCUCCUCCAUCAUCCCCUCAGACCAGCUGAUCGGCGAGGAGCUGGAGGAAGAGAACAAGGAGCAUACGUGCGAGACGCUGCUGAUGUGCAUUGUUACUGUACUGAGUCACGGGCUCCGCAGCGGGGGUGGAGUAGGUGAUGUGCUCAGGAAACCUUCCAAAGAGGAGCCUCUUUUUGCUGCUAGAGUGAUCUAUGAUCUGUUGUUCUUCUUCAUGGUCAUCAUCAUUGUCCUGAACCUGAUCUUUGGGGUGAUCAUCGACACUUUUGCUGAUUUAAGGAGUGAAAAACAGAAGAAAGAAGAAAUUUUAAAAACCACUUGCUUUAUYUGUGGUUUGGAGAGAGAUAAGUUUGACAACAAGACAGUCACCUUUGAAGAGCACAUUAAAGAAGAGCACAACAUGUGGCACUAUUUGUGCUUUAUUGUCUUGGUGAAAGUCAAAGAUUCCACAGAAUACACAGGACCAGAGAGUUACGUGGCAGAAAUGAUCAAGGAGAGAAACCUCGACUGGUUCCCCCGCAUGAGGGCCAUGUCUCUGGUCAGCAGCGACUCAGAGGGAGAGCAGAACGAGCUGAGGAACCUGCAGGAGAAGUUGGAGUCCACCAUGAAGCUCGUGACCAACCUGUCUGGGCAGCUCUCGGAGCUCAAGGACCAGAUGACGGAGCAGAGGAAGCAGAAGCAGCGCAUCGGUCUCCUUGGACACCCCCCGCCCAUGAAUGUGAACCUGCAGCAGCAACCGGCCUGAGCCGGGAGGGUCACGGCCCCUCCGGACAUCCCAAACCAUCCCRGCCCGGAGGCUGCUCCCUCUACCUUCUGUGCAUCCUGUAAAUACCCUGGUUUUAUACUCGAUGUAUAUGACUGCUACUCUGUCGAGCUGGGGGYGUGUGGAUUGAGAUUAGAACUGUUGGCACGGGACGGAGGUUAAACUUUGUGCCAAAACUAUCAAAAUUGCCUUUUUCUUGGAAGGACUAAAGAGAGCACCUGAAUUGCACUUGAAGAGAUUAUUUGACUAUGUGACAUGUAUUUUGUAUUUAAAGAAAAAAAAAAAGAAUAGAAUAGCUAGUAUUUAUGUUUUUAUACAAUUGUGCAAUAUGAAUUAUGCAAUCACAAUAUAUUUGGAACUCCUGAAUGUCCUAAAGGGAGUGCACAUCUUUGGAUCUGGUGUGUUAGUACAAUGUAAUAAAUGGUAUAAAAUUACAGGUGUAAAUGAGGCUGCUGCAAAAUUGUGUAACUGGUGAUUUUUUCAUACCCUUGGACAUUUUUGUACCAUGUGUGUAAAUAUCUUGCAAUGCCAUAUUUGUUGCCUCUUCCUCCCAGGGAUGACGCUGGGACUCCGUGAGCUGUUCAAUUGGUAUCGAUUAAAGCAAAACAUUAUUUUGAAGCUUCCGAAUGAGGAAAGCAGGAGGUAUUUUUCAAGAGAUUUCUUUAGAGUACUGGGGCUAGAAGAGCUCAGACRCCGGGUUUUUUAAAUGCUAAGAUUUCUUAAAGGGAACUUUUUAUGCAAAAUGAAGUUUGGAAUGAGGAUGCACUGCUGGCGAGUCGGUGCAGUCUCCCAGAAGCGAUGCCGAGGCUGCCCAGGCUUUGCAUUCUCCGCCUGUAGGAUCCUUUCCUUCUAUUUUUUCAUUAGAGACCUAUGUGCCUGCUAAAGCUUUAGCAAACGGGCACUGCACCGACUGAAACGUGUCCUGUAGCUGAGCACUGAUGUGUGUAACGCUUGUGUGAGAGCCACUGGUUUGAGGCUGCUCUGUCCCACCCCUUCCUCUCCCUGUCCCCUUUCAUUCGGUCACUUUCUUUGGUUUCUGAUUCUCCAGAGUGUGAAAGGAAACUCGUUGGGCUGUUGUUAGGUUGUUUGUUUUUGUUUUUGUUUGUUUUUUUUUCUCCAAUCCGCUGCAUAGUUUUAUACAUGGACCUCAUUUUACAGAAGCUGACUUCUCUGCAAUACUGUCUACAAAAGAAAAAAAAAAAGAAAAAAAGCUAAAGACAGAGCUAUGAAAAUUUGUAAAUGCAUAAAUAUAGGUAUUUAAAUAAAUGAUGCAAAAUACUC